UGCACACUAUUCUAUAUACUCUAUAUAUAACACACACAAACACACAUUCUCUCUGUUUUCUCUCUUAUUUUCAUUGUGUGCAAAGAUGCCCAGCAUGUUCUCUAAACACCUUCACCUUUGUUUCUUCAAGAUCAAAUACCCCACCUUUCUAUCCCAACCUGAUCCACACCACCACCACCACCACACCCCAUCACCUCCUUCCACUCUCAACUCCACCACCUUCCACUUCAACUCAACCUUCACCCACCACAGCCACUCCCUCUACGACUCCACCACAGACAACUACUUCACCUCCUCUUCCUCCUCCUCCUCUGACUCCAUGGACCUGCCUCCGCCGGACUUCGCCUCCAUCUACGCCUCCCAGCGCUUCUUCUUCUCCUCUCCUGGAAGCUCCAAUUCCAUCACAGAAUCCACCCCUGACUCUCGCCCCUGCAACACGUUGAUACGAAGAGACGUUGUGAGUGUGCAAAAGUACUCUGUCAACCCCUUCGUUGAUUUCCUCUGUUCAAUGCAGGAAAUGAUCGAUUCCCACAAAGUGUUGGACGUGAACAGUGACUGGGAUUAUCUCCACCAGCUCCUCUUAUGCUACCUUGCUCUCAAUCCUCCACAUACUCACAAACACAUUGUUCGUGCCUUCACCCAUCUUGUUGUGGAUCUUUUGUCAUCAUCAUCAUCUUCAUCUUCAUCAUCAAACACCCCUUGCCGGAUGCACAACCACAACCACCAACGGCAGGGUUGUUUCUCAGGGAGAUUGGUGUAAAAAUGCAACCUGUUCACAGUUGGUAAUUUUCUUUAAUUAUGUGAAGAGUUAGGACUUAAGACAAAGAAAAGCAUUGGCGAUUGUGUGAUCCAUUUUAUGGGAUUUUUCACUUUGUCAUUGCUUAAAACUUGUUGGGCUUCAACUAUUGGAACAAAGCAAGGUUUGUCUUUUGAUGAGAAAAAGGACAAAGUUAGUAAAAAAGAGGAGUGUGUGGGAGAGGGAUUUUGGUGUUUCGAUGCUGUUUUGUUUUAAUAGAGUACAUUGAUGUUUUCAAUUAAUCCUAUUUAGUUAUUGUGUAAGUAAAAUUAACUGGUAACAUGAAUUAGUAGUAUGUUGUAAUUUGUUGGAAUUAUUGUAUGACGUUGAUCAUGGAGAUAGUGGGUGACAAGCAGAGUUCGUUUA